GAUCUCCAUGCAUUACCAUGCCUUUCAAUUCUUUGAUAUGCAAGUCAGAUUGCUCCGAAAAAAAAAUGUGCUUUCGAAUAUAAUCCAUUCUUGACUCUCAUCAAAUAUGAGAAACGCCGCGGCGUCAGACCGUCAGAUGUAGAAACUAGAAACAGUCUCGCGAAAAUCCAGCGAAAUUCUAAUCGCAUCUCAAGAACAUGCAUUUGUCGGAAUUUUUUUAGCGAUAGGAGCUUGAGAUAUUUAGUGACAUGGCAAUGUUUAAUUCGUUCCGCUUGGCACGGAGCAAAUUUGCAGCGACCGGUUUUAGAUGUUUAUGGACUUCUAGGGCUUUGCUGGCCGAUCAAUUUGAAAAUGACAAUAGAAAAGCGGAAUUACAACAAUCUAUUCAUGAGGAGAAUGAUGAGGAAUAUGAAAAAAAUAUUAAGUUAAAAAUACUUGGCGCUUCUUUAAAAUUUGUUCCUGACAUGGGAUGGAGCAAACAGGCUAUUAGUGCUGGUGCUGAAUCAAUUGGAUAUCCGGGCGUGAUGCAUGGAUUGUUUCCAAAAGGUAGUGCGGCUUUAGUGGAAUACUUUUACUCUAUGUGUAACCGGGAAUUAAAUGAAAUCCUAGAAAAAGAAGCGAAUUCCUUAAGUUCGCAGAAGACACCAGAACAACAAGUUUGUGACGCUGUAGAAACACGGUUGAGAAUGGUGAUCCCCUACAAAAAAACUUGGUCACAAGCAUUGGCUAUUAUGUCCCUUCCACCGAACGUACCAACUGCUUUAGCAAAUUUAUUAACUUUAGUCGAUGAUAUCUGCUACUAUGCUGGCGAUAGAUCGGUUGAUAUUAACUGGUAUACCAGGAGAAUGAUACUAGCGACUAUUUAUAAAGCUACUGAAUUGUACAUGUUGCAAGAUACAAGUGAAGACCACAAAGAAACAUGGUUGUUCCUGGAGAGACGACUAAAGGAUAUUUUACAAAUGCAGACAAUGCUUUCCAGUUCAAUUAAGCCAGAUGAAGCUUUAAAUCGAGUUAAAGAAACAGCUUCUGCUGUUUUUAUAACGGCCCGUAAUAUACUUGGAUUGCGUUAAUAGAAGAAGAAAUAAAUUAAUGAGAGAAGAUUUUAAGACAACAGAAGAUUCUGUAAAUGUUUUUAAAUAAAUUUAAUUAAAAAUUUUUUUUUAUUAAAAUUAAAUCUUUCACACAA